AGAGCCGAGUGUCAAAUGACAGCUGUUGCGCCGUGCCGAUUCUCCGCCGCGGACGCCGGCGAGCACACUUUUCGGGUGGGAACCUGAGCGAGUAAAUGCGCCAGCAUGAAACGUGCCAUUAUCCUUCUAUUGGCCUCGCCGUUAUUCCUCGGUAACGCGACGACGGCGGUAGAAAAUACGACUACCGAAUCAGUGUCUGACAGCGUCGGGAUAACCGUGUCUUUAUGGAAUCAUCGUGAGAAUAACGCAUUUAAACAACGAAUAAACGUAGCCCCAUUUAAUCGCUUAAAUAUCACUGUGGCAGAUGUUCCAUCAGAUAUUUGGUUUAUUGUUUUGCAAAUUCACACAUUUCAAUAUAAUGCCACGCUAUCUUACGAUAAAGCGCUACUUGACAGAGUGUCGAACAGAAGUUUAUUCGGCACAAAUAUUGGCCUGUACUUAAAAACGCACGAUGUAACAGCUCCAAUACAAGUGUUCCUGAAGCACGACAACGUGCACAAUCUCGAUGCGUUGCUCGUGAUUGUCACAUACGGUCGAAAUGCACCGAUACCGGGUGGAUGCAACAUGGAGUUCGAUGUUGAAGUAGCGCCGUAUCAAAAGCUCCGUGCAGAAAACGAAAUGAUAAUAGUAGACACGCAGCCGGCCUCGGUUUCCGCCCCGAACGGCUCGCCGGUUGCCUGCGAAAAGAGCGCGGUGCAAUACAAAAUGUAUCGUCUUUAUCUGCCUAGACGGGACUUCACCCCGGAUACAUAUUUCGACGCGAUCGCGAGUAUGCUGACCACGCAGGACAUUGCGCGAAACGGCGACGAGAUACCGGAAGGUGCGCUCACGAGUUCUAUGAGACGUAUCUACAGUGCGUACACCGGCACGGGAUCCGUUUACGCCGCAGUUGCCACUUAUGAAAAUUAUUCCUCGGCUUACGUCCCGACUUUUACGUACGCUUGCAGCCCUCUGCUCUAUCCGGAGAGUUGUCAAGUUUUAAAUGACGGAUUCGCAAAGGUGAUAUGUGCACUUGUCCUGAUGAUAGGUUGUCUGUCAAUUACUAUAGGGCAUAAGUACACUUGUAUAGAUCGUUUAUUAUCGAGUUGUAUGGUAGGUGGUAUCUCUGGGUACAUUAUAGCGACGAGUGCCGGUCAUUACAGCGUUGCAAUCAACAUCCUGAUAGGUUUGGUAUUUGCUGUACUCGCUAUGGGCGUCUCGGUACUCUUGAGUGCUUACGAGUUAUGUCUAUCGUUACACAAUGUAUCAUUGGGAUUUCUGUGCGCGUGCAUCACAUACCUUUACGCACCAGUAUGGGCGUUUUACGUCCUGGAACAUAAUUGGUUAUUCUGGCCUACGUUCACAUGCCUGAUACUCGCAAUAACCACGCUUCUGAUGACGAUGUCCUAUGCCGCUGAAAUGAUUACACGUGCGAUUUUCGGAUCUUACUUCGUAGUCGUCGCGCUCGAUUACUAUGUCGGCAGUAACUUGAAAUAUAUCAUCAUUACCAUAAUCCGGAGGAUAACUGUACCUGGAUUUUUCUUAGCAUUCGUGUAUCCGCCAUUUCAAAAUGCAGAUGUAACUCUGGUAAUUACCUGGAGUGUUCUGAUAUUAACACGAUUCAUUAUACAAUUGUGUGCUUCUUUUCGUCAUAAGAAUGAGUAUGAGACAGAAUUUGUGGGACACAACGCAGAAAGAGUAUCUUUGCUGCCUGACUAUAAUUAUGGUGUUACCGACUAUUCUGGUGGAAGACAUACAAGAAAAUAUCGUCAAUACUAUCGUCGAUAUAAUCGUCGAUAUCGUUUAUAAUAGUGUUAAGAUUACUUGUGCAAUGAUUUUGAUAUUGAAAAUUUGUUUUUGCGAUUCAUUUACAAUUUCCAAAAUAAUUAUAUGCUUCCGUUUGUUAAAGAUUGCUUAAGUCGCAAAUCUCAGCUGACAACGUAUCUUCUACAGGUAUAAAUAUCAUACAAACCUGUUCGCCUCAUCGCGAUGUCCUAAAUAUUAAAAUAAAAUGUGAUAUUCUCUUUAAACAACACAUAAACGCGUAAUAAUGAUGCACAAUAUUUAUAUUGGACCUUUAAUAUGUAAAUUUUUUAAAUAUUUUUUCAACAUUUUGUUUAAUAACUGCGACGUUUGUUUUGAUAUAAAGCCAUGUUCACCCAGAGCUAAUUUUAUUUUUCACGAAACUGAAUUAAAAUAUUAUAAUUAAUAGCCGUGAAUUACAUAAAGUUGUGCAGCGUUAUUAAAUAUUUAACUGUAGUGAUUAUAUAUGUUUUUGGGGGGGGGGGGGGAGAGAGGAGAAUUUUUUUAGUAUUUUGCACUGCAUUGUAUAAGAACUUACGUAAUGUUAGUGCUGGAACGUAAAUGUAAAUGAAGAAUGAUGAUUUGGCAUUAAAAUGAAAUAACAUUUAUUGAAUCGAGA